GCUAUAUCCAAGGGAAAGGCUCGUUACGUCCGCGGUUACAGGUCACCCUGUGUUGAUACCUGUUGGGGCACGUGGGUGCAGUGUGCGUUAUGUGUGAGUGGAGAGGGAAGAUACCGCUGUGUGUGAAAUGGAGCGGAGAGACUACUGCACCUCUCUGCUGGCCGGAGGAAUGGCGGGUAUGUCUGUCGACCUUAUAUUAUUCCCCCUUGACACCAUUAAAACCAGACUGCAAAGCCCUCAGGGAUUCUCCAAGUCUGGUGGUUUCCGUGGCAUCUACGCCGGCGUUCCUUCCACAGCUAUUGGAUCCUUUCCCAAUGCUGCUGCUUUCUUUGUAACGUAUGAAACUGUGAAAUGUUUGCUGCACUCCGGCUCAUCUCCUUACCUCUCACCCUUAACACAUAUGGCAGCUGCCUCUGUUGGAGAAAUGGUAGCUUGUCUUAUUCGAGUGCCUUCUGAGGUCAUAAAGCAAAGGACACAGGUUUCUAUGUCCUCGACCACUUAUCAGAUGUUUGCCAGCACCCUGCGCCAAGAGGGAAUCCGAGGCUUAUAUCGAGGUUAUAAAAGCACAGUCUUGAGAGAGAUUCCCUUUUCUCUAGUUCAGUUUCCACUGUGGGAGUUUUUAAAGGAUCUCUGGUCAUGCAAGCAAAACCGUCCACUCGAUUCUUGGCAGUCUGCAGUCUGUGGAGCUUUUGCAGGUGGUUUUGCAGCUGCAGUUACUACACCCCUGGAUGUAGUGAAGACCCGUAUAAUGCUGGCAAAGGCUGGAUCUAGUACUGCAAGUGGAAAUGUGCUGCUUGCACUAAGUGACGUGUGGAGAACGCAUGGCCUCACAGGGUUAUUUGCUGGCAUUGUGCCAAGAAUGACGGCCAUCAGUCUCGGAGGUUUUAUCUUCCUUGGAGCUUAUGACAAGGUCCGCAGCGUAUUGAUGUGAAGACCCCACAGGGACCCAGGAAAUAUUCUGCAAGAAGCUCAGGUUCUUGAUGAUGAUGUCUGAGACAUAAUGGAAAUGGUGGAUCCAGCAAAUUGAGGGGUCAGACGACUACAUGUGCACCUACCUCUAAACACAACAAUGGGAUCUGUGUAGGACAAUGAAGCUGGGAAAGUUGGGCCGGACGCUCCACAUUAUAAUAGCAUUUGCUUUUUGUAUCAAGUCUCAGUAAAUUCUAAUUUUAUAAUUCACCUUUUCUGCGUUGUUUCUCAUAGUUAUAGCUCCUUACUCUACUGACCCUAACACAAGCUGGGUAAAAGCCAAUAUGGCCACCGUUAUAAAUAGGUGUGUAUAUACCUCUUGAAAACGGCCUUCAAAACAGCCUGGAAAUCAGUGUGGUUUUUGCAUGUGUUUUAAAGUGCAGGCAUUUUUGGGUACUUUUUUUUCAAGCACCCCCUGUUGAUAUCCAUGUGAGCUUUUAAGCAUAAUUGCUCCAAAAAAGUGAC